GAAAAGCGGAAAAAUUAUAUACUGAAAGAAAAAGCUUAAUAGGAAAAGUUUUAUGAAUUUGUUCAGUGGAAGAAGGAAGAAAUGCUGCUAUCUCCAAAUCCCUGGUGGACGAGCACCGUCAAUCGCACAAUUAUCUGCAUCCUUAUCGUCUGUAUCGUCUACUUUUCCUACACAUUCAACACGUGUCUUGUCUCCAGCAUUAAUCGUGCGCUCCGCCGGGAAUCCCCACCACCGGCUCCCAAAGAGACGGAUGGCACGACGUCAACAACAGAAGCACCUGAGAUGCGAAUUUUGGGAUCAAUUGUGCGUGUGGUGCCACUUAUCCCAGGCUCAGAGUGCAACGAAUCAGAGAGCUUUCCAAAGUAUCGUUUCCUCCAGACACAGGGAAUCAUCCCGACGCGUCAGCUACCGGAUACGCUAAUUAUUGGUGUGAAGAAGAGCGGCACAAGGGCUCUACUUGAAUUUAUACGACUCCAUCCAGACGUGCGGGCAGCUGGAUGUGAGGUUCACUUCUUCGAUCGGCACUACAACAAGGGUCUACACUGGUACAGGCAUCACAUGCCACCGACAAUUGAGGGCCAAAUAACAAUGGAGAAGACUCCCAGUUACUUUAUAACUAAGGAAGUUCCCCAGAGGGUGCAUCAUAUGAAUCCCAACAUGAGACUCCUCAUUGUGGUGCGAGAUCCCGUCACCAGGGCCAUCUCGGACUACACACAGGCCGCCAGUAAGAAGAAGGGCAUGAAGAGAUUCGAGGAGUUGGCCUUUGUUAAUGGAUCCCUCGGAGUGGUGGAUACAAAAUGGGCCCCAGUCAAAAUUGGCGUCUACUCGAAGCAUCUCGAACGGUGGCUACAGUACUUCCCACUGUCGCAAUUCCUCUUUGUCAGCGGCGAAAGACUCAUUGAGGAUCCUGCAGCUGAAAUUGGACGUGUCCAGGACUUUCUGGGACUAAAGCGUGUCGUCACAGAGAAGCACUUCUACUUCAAUGCCACAAAGGGUUUUCCGUGCCUCCUCAAAUCCGAAUCCAGCUCAAGCCCACAUUGUCUGGGCAAAACUAAAGGUAGGAAUCAUCCCGUCAUCGAACCCAAUGCCAUCGCUCGCCUUCGGGAAUUCUAUAGGCCGUUCAAUGUGAAAUUCUACCAAAUCACCGGAAUCAAUUUCGGAUGGCCAUAAAUCCGCAAAUCCAUGCC